UUUUUCUCUUCGGAGCCUGACACAGAUGGGGAGCUGCCGGCUCCGGGUGCUUCCCACCACCCUGGACUAGCUUUUUAACCUACUUUCAUUUCCUUUCCCCUCUCUCUUUCUCUGCCCGGCCACGACAGGGACCUGGAGCUGAAGGGGAGAGAAAUUCCGAGGACCGCAUCGGGGCUACAGCUGCAGUUGCUGAUGCUAAUAGAAACAUCAUGGAAGACACUGGAACUACAGUAGAUGCAAAAUCCAUAAAAAAUUCAGGAGUAAAGAGCCUCCAUAGUAGCAAGUCAGUGGAAUCUGGACUGUCAUCAGACAGCUAUAAGAUGGAUUAUCCAGAAAUGGGUCUAUGUGUAAUAAUCAAUAAUACACAUUUUCACAACGACACUGAACUUUCACCUCGGACUGGUUCAGAUAAAGAUGCAGCAAACCUCAUAGAUAUAUUCAGGAGCUUGAAAUAUGAAGUCAGGAAUAAAAACAAUCUGACCCGUGACAAAAUGAUUGAAUUAUUGCGCCAGGUUUCCGAGGAAGAUCACAGUCAAAGAAGCAGUUUUGUUUGUGUGAUUCUAAGUCACGGUGAAGAAGGAGUCAUCUUUGGCACUGAUGAUAGUGUGGAACUGAAAGAAUUAACAUAUUUCUUUAAGGGGUAUAAGUGUAAAAGUCUAACAGGAAAACCGAAGCUUUUUAUUAUUCAGGCAUGUCAAGGCAGAGAGUUCGAUUGUGGUGUUGAGACAGACAGUGGUACAGAUGAAGAUGUAGCAUGCCACAAAAUACCUGUUGAAGCAGACUUCUUAUAUGCAUAUUCUACAGUCCCUGGCUACUAUUCCUUGAGAGAUCCAAAGGACGGUUCGUGGUUUAUCCAGGCACUUUGUGCUGUGCUGAAACAGCAUGCUCACAAGCUUGAGAUUAUGCAGAUCCUUACCCGAGUCAAUCGGAAGGUGGCCACAGAGUUUGAAUCUUAUUCCUCCAAAGCUUCCCUCCAUGCAAAGAAGCAGAUGCCAUGUAUUAUGUCCAUGCUUACCAAGGAACUGUACUUUUCCCAUUAAGAAAUCCCAUGCAAUUUAAUUUGUAUGCUAAGCUGGUAGAUGAUAGGAUGAGCACUACAUUUCCUUGGUAAGGUACUUUAAAAACGUGAGCCUAAUACAGCAUGGCAAUGGAUGGGGUUGGGGAGCUUUGGGGAGACGAUCAUCAUAUUUCUUUCCAUUUAAUAGAACAAAUGCAUUGCUACCUCAAAUUCAAAUAUUUGAAAUGGAAGCUAAUUAGGAAUUAAUAUAUAUUUGUUAUAAAAGGAACUAUUUUAUCUUGAAGAAUAAUUAGAGGUUUAAUGAACAAACCAUUUUUUAUUGAUAUAUCAUGGGUUUUGAGGGUACUGUGGAAAAGUUAACCCAUUUUAAAAGUAUAUUUUUACCAAAGUAUGAGAGGCAGCAUUCCAUAGUGGGUAAAAUGAUGGCCUUGGAGUCAGGGAGGCCUAGUUUUCAGCCCUGUUUGAAAUAUGUGUCUGGGACAAAUCACUUGGUCUCUCAUUGCCCCAGGCAGUGAAGACCAAGUCUGAGACUAAUUUAAGAUCACCAUAAGUGGAGUGAGUUUCCAUUCUGGGAGUCCCUUCCACAGACAAACGAGAUCACUCAAUCUGACCUAGAUUUUUUAACUGAAUUUAUAAAUAUGCUUUCAUUUUUGUCAAAUGACAGAUCCAAAAUGAUGCUUUCCAGACCUCUGCAGAAUCAUGGUAUUAGUAAAGACUAGCAGUGGCACAUUUACUUGCAAAUAAACAAUUUACUUGGAAAUAAACAAGGGGGAUCUAAAGAUGAAUUUUUCUUAACAUACUUAUUGCAAUUCCAUUCCGUUUGUGCAUACAAAAGGGAUAUGGGGCUGGGAUCUUUUAUCUGCUAAAUAAAAAAACUCAUUUUGAACAUUCAAUUUAGAAGUCAGAAUUCUAUUUGGUAGAAAUGUACUAUUCUUGGAGUGUUCUCUAUGAGCCAUACUUAAUCUUCAAGGACAAAUAGAAUUCAUUCCCAAACCAAGGUGCUGAAAUACAGCUUGUUCAACAUAAAAGGGAUGCUUGUCCCCACCCAAUCAGAUGGACUGACCUGUGUGAAAAACUGAAAAGUGACUGACUCUUAAGUCAUAUGAACUGCAGAGAUGCUAGGGAUACAACCUGAAGCAACACUGGUUGUGCAGAGUAGUUUUGAAAAUCAACCCAUGACCUGGUCCUCAGCAGCUUAGCACACAACAGUUGGAGAGGUAGAGGGAUGUCACAGAGUGGAGACAGCACAGGCCCCAUAGGAAGGAUGCAGAAAGAAGCAGAGACUAGCUCUUCAGGCCAGUGGAUGCCCUGGAAAGAAUGGUUUUGGUCACAGAUUUUUCAAGUCAACAAUCUUCAUAUACAAAGAACAAAGUCAAAUGGACACAAGGUCAGAGUUUUCCAAAGAUGGCCGAGGACCUAUCAAAAUAUUGUGUUCUUUGUUGGAAAGUAUCUAUGCAUGUAAAGUUAUUUUUAGUGACAUUGAAAAUGAUAAGAGAACAAUAAUAAGGGGCAGCUGGGGAGUGUGGAUCGAGAGCCAGGUCUAGAGAUGGGAAUUCCUAGGUUCAAAUGUGGCCUUAGACACUUCCCAUCUGUGUGACCCUGGGCAAGUCACUUAACUCCCAUUUCCUAGUCCUUACCACUCUUCUGCCUUGGAAACAAUGCAUGGUAUUGAUUCGAAGACAGAAGGUAAAGGUUAAAAAAAAAAAGAAGAGCAAGAUGUCAUUCCUCUCUGGAACCUUUGGUGGGAUUUACUGAAAAAUAGAGCCAUAGAUCUAGAGUAGAAAGGGGCCUCAGAGGUGAGACCUAUUCCAAUUCCCCUCUUUUAAAGAGAAGGAAACUGAAGGUUGGUGAGUUUAAAUGACUCACCUAAGAUGACACAGGUAAAGAGCUUGUGAAUAAGGUGUUGUUCCUCCAGGACCUCCAGCCCUAUCGCUAUUCUGUGUUUGGUCCGUCCUCUCCCUCUUACAGAUAAGGAACCUGAGGCUGAAAGAAGUUAAGUGACUAUCCUAAGGAGGCAUAAAUGGUUAAUGGCCAAGUGUGAACUAGAAUCCAGGUCUCUUGAUUCCUAUUUAAGAUCGGUAUCACUUAAGUCAUCAACAGUCUUUCAGUCUAGUGAUGUUAAUUUUACUUGAGGGCAAAAAGUCCAAACUUAUAAGAGAUGAUAUUAAUUCCCCCUUUACUAGUACAUGACUCAUGUUUCUAACAUGUAAUUUAAAUGCAACAUAUAAUUGUAAUUGUAAUGGCAUUUGGUAAGAUUUAUGUGACCACUUCUACAAUCAAAAUUUGUUCUUUUGAAUGUUUUUACUUCUAAAAAUAAAUUUCUACCAA